AUGCAAUAUGCCCUUACAGUUAUUUUUCAAUCAAUACUCUUUGUCCAAUGUCAGGUCGGAGAAGCGGCCUUCGUCAUUUCCCAGGAGCAUGAGGUCAGCAAAAGUAUUUCAAUCAAUAUGACAUUAUUUCCUUCAAUAAAAUGGAUCAUUCAUAAGUCAUUCUAUCUGUACCUCACCUAUUUUGUAAUGUCCCAACAGACACUGCCAUGUUUUCAGGCAGCUGAUAGCUACAAUUAUUCUCAUUCUCUACCAAAAGUCCAGUUUGCAAGGUUUUCAAAGUACACUCCUCAAUCUAUUUCUUAUUCCUCUACUCAAAUGUAUCAACAAAAAGAAUAUUCUGAUCAUAUAACCGAGAUGACAAAUGUGCACAAAUCAAGAAAACGAAAGUUGAUGGUAACAGAGGACCAAUGGGGUUCACAAAUCACUAUUCCAAAAGUGAUACAGAACAGACCGCUGAUUGAAAAGUGGUUUGUUCAGAAAAGAUUCAAGAUGGUUAAAGUUCGGAAUAUCCAACGCCCUCAGUUGUCCUAUCAACUUCUAAGUGCAUUGACAUGUCUUAAUUCUCCAGAUGGAAUGAUAUCUACAACAGAAAUUUAUUCGUUCAUUUUACAUCACUGGCGUUAUUAUCGCUACGCAAAUGAAAAUUGGAAAAACUCGGUCCGUCAUGUACUUUGCAAAUGUCAAUUAUUUGAUGUUCUACAAGUUGAAGGUUUAUCGCGGAAGGGGAACGUUUAUAAACUGAAAAGGCCCGACAAUGUUGAGAAGGAAAUGAUCGAUGUUAAAACUCUGGGUUGUAUGCAAAAAGAUUCGCGUGGAAUUGAUUUCUACAUCAAAAUGCUCGCUGGCCAAAUCGGUCUUCCUCGUCAUCUCUUCUACAGUAUUGUCGGAAAUGAAAUGCCAGAAUACGCGGGACCAGAGAAUUCAGCCAUCUUCUAUCAUCUGCUUUCGAUGCGGAAAAUCAUUCCAAAACUCGAGACACGAUAUUUCCUGGAGCAUUGGCAAAUGGAGCACAAGGCAACGGAGCCAAUGUUUUUCGAAGAGUUUGUACCAUAUUCUACAUCAUUGGUGUCUUGUGUUGAGAACAUUAGCUCAUAUGGUGAAGGUGUUGGUCCGGGAAAUGAUGAGCUAUAUGAUUUGAGUGAUAGGCAAAUUAUUUGUUUCCAUAAGAAUAUCCGUGCUUAUCAUUCACUUCAAAAAAGAUGCCAUAAAAUGAAUUAUUCAAAUUGGAUGACUCCAUCACUGAUUUAUGUCCAAGAAGCUGUGAUGGACAAAGAAAUUGUUGAAGAUGAUAUCAGAAACGGCACAAUCGAGUGUGAAGGUGUUGCCAGAAAAGAAGAAGCCAAGAAGAAUUUCCAGGAUCCAGCUCUGAUUUCGAUCUAUAAUUAAAAUUCGAAAUCGUCAUUAAUAACUCUAAUAAAGUGAUUUCAAUAAAAGAAAGUUUUAUAUUA